AUGGCACUCAAGUCCCUGUCCUGGCGUCUCUGUGCAGCCUUGGCACUGUUUUGUGGCUAUUCAUGGCCUCAUGCACACUCAGCCCUGGCACCUGAGAAUGAGGUGCCACUUCGCCCAACUACUUGGUUAGCAGAAGAAAAGAUCACCCCCAUAACUCUCCCUAAAGGAAGAACUCGCAGGCUAUACUUCAUGCUAAAGAAGGAGACUGCAGCGAUGUCUGUGACCGUCAGCCCCUGCGACCUCCCCAUCGAGUGGAGCUUGGCGGCCAGAACCCGGAAGGACAAACCCCACAAGAGCCUGCAGUGGAGCACCAAAAAGAGUAUGCCCGAGGUGUGGUGGCGAGGUUCUGGGACUGAUGAGAAAAUGCACAGCUUCACAGGCAGUGCGGUGGACACCUACAGGGGUCCUUCCUAUCCCCAUGCUUCCAUCUACAUCCUGAAGCUGCGCUCCAAACAGCAGAACACCAGAGCUACUGUGUACCUCCAUGAAGGCCUGGGUCCCUCUGGCACCUUCCCCCUGCUCCCAGCCGACCCUCGAGUUCACACAUUAGGUGUAGGCAUGACCAGUGUCACCCUCAGCUGGGCGCCCAGUGCCUCCAUAACCAGCCUCCCACACACACAGAAGAGUUAUGAUUACUGUGUCCUCGUCAACACGCAGCAAAACUACCCCAGCCUGUGUGCUGCACGAGAGAGCAUGAGGAGAGAGAAAGAUCAGAAACAAGAAAACAAGGAGAGGAGGAGGAGAGUGACGGUGUGGCCGAUUUUGAAAGAGUGGUGGUGGCAGCAGUGGGACUCUUACGCUGAACCCCAGAGUCCACCUUCUUCUUCUUCCCUCUCUGAUGAGUAUGCUGAUCUGCAGUGUGUGUGCCAGGGUACGGAGAAUGUUUGCACCGUCUCUGAGCUCCUGCCUGACACCCAGUACUAUCUAGACGUCUUUGUGAACGACAAGCUGAACGGGACCAGCAUGGCGUACGAGGGGACAUUUGCUCGAACACACGAGGAGGCUCGGGCGGUGAUCACCACGCUAAGAGAAGGGGAGCUGAGGUGGGUGACCUUCCAAGACAGAGGCUCCAGCUCAGAGCAGUUCUUCAGUUUCCGUCCUCGGGGCUUGCAGCAGAGUGGCCUCCUCACGUUGCAGAGCUGCGGUGGAGGUGAAAAGGUCAAGGUCACUGUGUCCAGUAAAGGUCAAGUUUUGACCUCACAGGCUGUGGGGGGAGAUUUAGCGCACAUUUGGCUCCAGGGAAGUCCUUCCUAUCUCAUUCACUUGGAGAGAGAAGAAACUACCAUGGGUCGGACCGCUGCUGCUACAGACCCAGCUCUACCAGGUGGUCUGAUGGCUUCAGUCAAAAUGCAAACCUCCUCCGCCUACCACCGCAGAGGGGUCCCAUCCCUGCCCUCAACCUUGCAGAUUAAAUCCUUCAACCGGUUGCGUGGUUGCAACAGUGUCACCCUGGCCUGGAUGGGCACAGAGGAACGAAGCCUGUACUGUGUGUACCGCAGAAACCUGGGAGGCCGUGAAGCAGAGGUAGGACGAGUAUCAGCUCUAACCGCGCCCUGUCUGGGUCCAGAGUCCCGGUCUGACACCGAGAGGGUUCUCUGCAAGUACUUCCAGGAGCUGAAUCCUCGACGGGCCGUCACUACAGCUGUGAUCGGGGGCCUGGAGCCAGGGAUGGCUUAUGUGUUUGAUGUCUAUCUAAUGAGACGCUGGGGGAUCCCUAUCAAGUACGCCAGCAAGAUGGUGAAGACCAGAAAGGAAUGCUGAGCUGCUGCCCCCUACAGGAGGUUUUUAGACUGUCCCAGUUUAGGGAACAAUGCAUCAGCCAUGGACAUGCUGUAAAGACUGACCAUGAGAACGUAGCCAUUUGACUGUUGUGGAGAGACUGUUACCAUAACAUGGAAAUAUUCCCCCUGGAGGAGCAAUGGUUAUAGUCAAACACCACUUGCACUAUCCAUGUGAGUGGAUGGAAAGCAUAUGAGAAGGAUCUGAACACCAGCAAAAGUUCAUAACAUUUAAAAUACAACUCUCGUGCUUUUUGUCAUUUUGUUUUUCAUUGUUGAUCAUGAUAAUGAUGUGCCAGUUGUCCAAGUACUUAUUUUGUGUCUGAGUACAAAGGACAAAUGAGGUUUGUGAUGACAGAAAGUCAAUACAUAAACAACAACAGAGACUGUGCCAAAUAUGCAACAGAAACAGAUGGGGAAAUAAUUGGAUAACAUCUGAGACAGGGGGUUUACAGUGUAUAUUUCCAGUGCUGCAUAUUGUACAGGCUUAUAAACCUGUACAAAUCUACAGAUGCUUAGUUC